AUGUCCGACGAUGUCAUCUGGCAGGUCUUAAAUGACCAGUUCUGCUCAUUCAAACUUACAACUGAAAAAAAACAAAACUUUUGUCGUAACGAAUACAACGUCUCCGGUUUAUGCUCACGAGAAAGCUGUCCACUGGCAAAUGCAAGAUAUGCAACAGUACGUAACGUCAAGGGUCGACUAUAUCUUUACAUGAAAACUGCUGAACGUGCUCAUUUGCCACGUAAAUGGUGGGAACGUGUACGGUUGUCAACAAGAUACUCUUCUGCACUUGCACAAGUUGACGAGCACCUAAGGUUUUGGCCUGAAUUUUUGGUCCAUAAAUGCAAGCAAAGAUUGACACGACUUACGCAAGUAGCUUUGGCAGAACGACGGUUAGCUUUAGCUAGAAGAAAUGGUGAAGAAGAAACAAGACUUGUGCCUGUGGCACCUAAGGUUGUACGCAGAGAACGUGGAAGAGAACGGAAAGCUUUGGCAGCAGCAAAAAUUGAAAAGGCAAUUGAAAAGGAGUUGCUUGAAAGAUUGAAAAGUGGAGCUUAUGGCCAACAACCUUUAAAUGUGGAUGAAAAGAUUUGGGCUAAAGUUCUAGGGAAUAUUAAGAAGGAAGAGCAAGUUGAAGAUGAAGAAGAAUAUGAGGAUGAAGAAGAAGAGGAAGAAGAAGAAGAAGAAGGUGCUGAGGUUGAGUUUGUUGAAGAUGAUGAUGAAGAUGAUGAAGAAGAAAUGGUUGAUAUGGAAGAUCUUGAGAAAUGGUUAGGCAAUGAAUCCGAAUCUGAAGAAGUUUCUGAUAGUGAAUCUGAAUCUGAAUCCGAAGAUGAAUCUGAUGAUGAUGAUGAUGAUGAUGAAGAAACAAAACCUCCUGCAAAGAAACGCAAAACUGUUCCAGAACCUAAUAAGAAACCUUUGGCAAAGAAACAAUCCAAACAACAACAAUCAGCCAAAAAGAAACCUACCUCAGGAUCUGCGCGUCGCUCAAAGAGUAAACAUAUUGAACUCGAGUAUGAAGAAGAACGUGAAUCUUCGCGGCCUCUUGUGUCUAAUUAA